AUGUCGGAGGCGGGUGGCAGGGACCGGGCGCGGGCGGCCGUGUCGCGGCUGUCGGAGGCGGUAGGCGAGCAGCGGCGGCGGCUGGGCAGCGCCAUGGGGGAGGCGCGGCGGCAGCGGCGGCUUCUGCUCCUGGUGGUGUGCGUGGUGCUGCUGCUGGACAACAUGCUCUACAUGGUCAUCGUGCCCAUCAUCCCCGAUUACAUCGCGGCCAUGCGCGGCCGCGGAGGCGCCCCCGGUUCGUCCGCGCCCGCGGGGGGCAACGAGAGCGGCGGCGGCGGCAACCGGAGCCUCCUGCCGGUGCGGUACCCGUCGGCCGCGGGGGAUAACGAGGAUGUGCGGAUCGGGAUGCUGUUCGCCUCCAAGGCCAUCCUGCAGCUGCUGGUGAACCCACUCAGCGGCACUCUGAUCGACCGCGUGGGCUACGAGGUGCCGCUGCUGACCGGGCUGGCUGUCCUGUUCCUCUCAACCAUCACCUUCGCCUUCGCGGAGAACUACGCGACACUGGUCGCGGCACGGAGCCUGCAGGGGCUGGGCUCAGCCUUCGCCGACACGGCCGGCAUCGCCCUAAUCGCCGACCGCUACGCCGAGGAGCCGGCGCGGAGCCGCGCCCUGGGCACAGCGCUGGCCUGCAUCUCUUUCGGCAGCCUGGCCGCCCCCCCCUUCGGCGGCGUCCUUUACGAGUUCGCCGGCAGGCGGGUGCCCUUCCUUGUGCUGGCCUGCGUCUGCCUCCUCGACGGGCUGCUGCUGCUGGCCCUGGCGCCGCCCUGGGUUGCCGGGGCGCGGGCAAACAUGCCCGUCGGCACCCCCAUCCACCGCCUCAUGCUCGACCCCUAUAUCGCCGUAGUAGCGGGGGCCCUGACCACCUGCAACAUCCCUCUGGCCUUCCUGGAGCCCACCAUCGCCAACUGGAUGGAGGCAACCAUGGGGGCCAGCGAGUGGGAGGUGGGCCUCACCUGGCUGCCCGCCUUCUUCCCCCACGUGCUGGGCGUCUACCUCACUGUCCGCCUGGCCGCAGCAUACCCCCACCUUCAGUGGUUUUAUGGGGCCCUGGGCAUGGCCAUCAUUGGUGCCAGCUCCUGCCUGGUGCCAGCCUGCAGGAAUUUUGGGCAGGUCAUCAUUCCCCUCUGUGGCAUCUGCUUUGGCAUUGCCCUGGUGGACACGGCCCUGUUGCCCACCCUGGCCUUCCUGGUGGAUGUACGCCAUGUCUCUGUCUAUGGCAGCGUCUAUGCCAUCGCAGACAUCUCCUACUCUGUGGCGUAUGCCCUGGGGCCCAUCGUGGCCGGCCAAAUUGUGCACACCAUGGGUUUUGCACAACUCAACCUGGGCAUGGGGCUCGCCAAUGUGCUUUAUGCCCCUGUCCUCCUCCUCCUCAAAAAUGUCUGCCAAAUGAAACCCUCUCACUCAGAGAGAAAUAUCCUCCUUGAAGAAGGACCCAAGGGACUCUAUGACACCAUCAAAAUGGAGGAGCGCAAAGGCAAAAGCCUCCGGCCAGUGGGCGAGACAGGGGACAAUGGCAUGGACUCCUACCACAAAGACCUGACAGGGGUGUCUGAGGACUCAUCAGACUAUGAGUAUAGUUAG